UGGGAUUUUGGGGUUUUAGUGGGAUCUCUGCCGGGUUUUUUGGGAUUUUGGGGUCCCGCUGAGGCCCCUGCCCCCCCAGAGUACUCGCAGGGCCCGGGCACCAACCUGGCGGGGGCUCUGCGGGCCGUGUACGAGCUGCUGGUGCACCAGGAGCGCCUGGAGCAGCUGCAGGGGCUGCGGCCCCCCCCGGUCACCAACAGCACCCGCCACGUCAUCGUCAUCAUGAGCGACGGCCGUGCCAACAUGGGGGGGUCCCCAGUGCGGGUCCUGCAGCAGAUCCGGGAGCUGCUGAGCAUCGGGAGAGACCCCCGGGACCCCCGCGAGGAGUUCCUGGACGUUUACACCUUCGGGCUGGGGCAGGACGCCCACAGGGAGGUGCUGAACGAGCUGGCCUCCAAAAAGGCGGGCGAGGAGCACACCUUCUACCUGAGGGACACCGAGGACCUGCAGGAGGUCUUCCACCGCAUGAUCGACGAGAGCUCCACACUGGGGCUGUGCGGGGUCAGCCUCGAGUUCGCCGGGGCCGGGGACAGAGAGAGGAACCCCUGGGAGGUGACGGUGACAGCCACGCGGCCCGGGCGGGGCCAGGAGCGCUGCCAGGGCUCCCUGGUGUCCCCGUACUUCGUGCUGACGGCGGCGCAUUGCUUCACCUCCGAGGAUAAGCCCACCUGGCUGGGCGUGGACAUCGGCUCCCGGGAGCACCGGGGGGUGCGGGGGCUCUUCCUGCACCCCGAGUUCAGCCCCGGGGGGUUUGGGGGGGUUCCUGGGGGGGUUUUGGGGAUCCUGGGUGGUUUUGGGAUUCCGCUCCCGGAGCACCGGGGGGUGCGGGGGCUCUUCCUGCACCCCGAGUUCAGCCCCGGCUCGCGCCAGCCCCGCGGCGUCCCCGAGUUCUACGACUUCGACGUGGCCCUGGUGCAGCUGGACCGGGCCGUGCCCCCCUCCAGCACCCACCGGUGA